AGAUAUAAUCUAUCCACUGUGUAUUGUAUCUCUAUUCUACAUCAUUAUUCAUUCAGUUUUUGCUUGAAUUUAUUAGUAUAAAUCCAAACACCGUGAAAGAGCAAAUCAUUUAUUGUAUUGUAUUGCCCAACUGUGAGACUGAUAAAUAACUGAGCUGCGACACAGAGUACAUAGGGCUUGGUACCAGGCAGACACUUCAAACAACCUAGUGAACUUAAACAACUGAAAAUGCAGACCACAUCUUAUCCGACCCAGCCGGGAGUCCCGGGUCAGACGGUCUAUGUUCAUCAGCCUGCUCCAGUCAACUAUUCUUCUACUGUCCAGAAUCCAAACUCGACGAGUGGUGUGUCUCAGAACUUCAAUGGAGCAGCAGGAAGAGCAACCGGUUGGAUACAACUUUUUCUUGGUAUUGGGAGCAUCGUCGUUGCUAUUGCCGAGAUCGUUCUCGGGACCGGAGUAGGCUUUACCGGCAUGGGCAUAUGGGCGAGUGUUCUUUUCUACAUUCCUACUGGAAUCUUGGGAAUAUGCACCUACCAAAAGAACAACUGUGUGAUCAUUGCCUAUCUAACGAUGUGCAUCAUAUCUGCUGUUUGUGCCUUCAUUCAAAUGGUUGCUGGUUCUAUUAGUUCGAGUAUUACGAGUGGACUAUCAUGCUAUAUUUAUGAGUACUGCGGAGGUAGUAUUUUGGCUGGGAGAGUCGCAAGUGACGCUCUGUUGGCGGUUCUUGGAGUGAUUGAGAUGGUGGUUGCUAUUGUAGGCUCAGCUUACUGCUGCGGUGGUAUGGCGUGUGCCCAUUCCUCCCCAACAACUACUACUACCACUGUGUACACCCAGCAGGCGGCCCCAAUGGUGGUGACAACUGGCCAAUUUCCACAGCCAGUGGGGAUCGCUCAACCCCCUCCAGCUUACAACGUUCAGCAGGCCUACCCUCCAGCGGGCCAACCUGCCCCUCAAGCCGGAUACAACCAAGCUGCAGCUGCCCCUUACAACCAGCAAGCUGUUGGAGUACCAACCAAAUCUGGGGGAAUGGUGGCCUGAAUCUUCAACUCUGCUCUGUGUCUGUCCGAAUUAAUUUCUCUAAAAUACAAUGAUCAAUUUAAGAAGAAAAUACAUACAUUGAAGGAAGAGGGAAACAAUUAAUAUCCAUGAAAUACAAUUAUUGUAUUUCAUGGAUAUUGUUUUUUCUUAAAAGAAUACUUUAUACCUUAUGAAUUUGAAAAUGGAGUUGACGCAUAUACAAUGACAAACCUGUGAACCCGUGUAAACAAAUUGUGCUAUACAGUGCGUCCCACAAAAAACGAAACCGAGAUUUAGCGAUGAUUUAUCAUAACUUAAUCAUGAAUACAAAAGACAAAUGACCAAUCAAUGUAAAGCUUAGGAUCUCCUCUUUCAUCUGACAUUACUUAGAUUAUUCCUCAUUCACGCAUGAGCAAAAUCAAUUUGAAGAAAGGAUACCAAAAAGUCAUUUGGCGGGGGGUAUCUGAAUUUCAAAAAGAAAUUCAAAUGCCUAAAAAGUUCAAUAUCUGCUCUUUUAUUUGAAACCUUAAUCACUAAAAAUGGUCGAGAAGUAAAAAAGUUAUGUUCCCUCGAAACAAUGCUUGUAUUUCCAUAAUUUCAUUAAAUAAACGUGUUUUCACCGAUUUCCCACAGAAGCUAUCGAACGGUUAACAAAAGACUUAAUGCAUGGCUGAUCGUCAACAAAACGGAGUAUCGAGUGAGUUUGAACGCCAGCCUGUAAAACCUCUUCAUUUUAUGAAAUUAUUGAAAUUCAAGCCUUAUUUCAAAUAACCAGAACUUUGUUAUUUCUUGACCAUUUCCUGUAAUAGAGGUAUCAAAUUAAAGAGCAGAUAUUGAACUUUUCAAAAAUGGGGUUUCGUUUUGAAACCCAGAUACAGCCCGCCAAAUUAAUUUUUGGUAUCCCCUCUUCAAAUUGUUGUUGCUCACUCAUGCGUGAAUGAGAAAUAAUCUUAUGUUAUGAUAAAUCAUCGAUAAAUCACGGUUUCGUUUUUUGUGGGACGCACUGUAUCUUAGGACUUGUUUCAUUAGUUUAUGCUAAAUAUAUGGAUUUGCUUGAUACAUUUAUUCCUACAAUGAACCCACUUCGUAUGUAAACUUUGUUGUAAUUUCCUUUUUUACAUCAUUUUUUAUUUUCUUUAUAAUUCAAUUUACAAUUGAAUCAAGAAGACUUCUAGUAUAGCAGUGGAAAGGAAUAUAAUCCUUAUGUUUUUUAGAACUUGUAAUGCGUAUCCAAUUUAAACAGGGUGAAUAAAGAGUGCAAUGAAUCAUGAUACAAUGCAAGAUGCAAAUUACAAAUUAAAAUGAACACAAAAUAAUCGAUUUUUUAAAAAUGGCAUACAUAGUGAAUCCAAUCAUAUUGAUUUUGUACAACGGUUGGAGAGAAGAUGAUAACACAUAUUACAUACAUCUAUUUUCGUAAUGGGGUGCUUUCUGAAAGGCUUCCUGUGGCCUCAAUAUUAGUUGGUUCAUAUUGACGAUUGGGAUGCGUACAAACCAUGCAAUGUAUUUCAAAUAUAUAAAUAUCUUUCAGUGAUAUUAAAAUACUAUUUAUUCAAAAGAAAAUGUUCUUAACUUAAACCUUGACCCUAAAAUGUAACAUGUCUCUGCUACUCAUCCGUUGAUAUACCGUUUGUCACUGGAACAAUGCAUACCAAUUGGGAUUGAGAAAACUAAUUGAAAAAUAUUGACAUGUUUUUUGCAUUAUUGGCCAGUAAGCAAGAACUGUAUUCACGUCGCCCGUAGAGUCGUAUGACAACGAACAUUCAUGACAUGUAUUAUAAAUUAAAUUAUUACAUUAUAGACUGUAUUCAUACGUUCUUUUAGAAAUUUCACACUCAAUCAUCGGCACGAUAAACGAAAUGAAAUCAAAUGAGGCCUAACAGGUUCACUCAAAACCUAUCAUCCGAAAUAGUACAGAUAUGUAUACAUUUAGCUUGUCAUGUGUGUUGCUAUGUGGUGGCUUGUUUUUUAAUUUCUUUCGGAAGUAUGGUUACAUUUUUUUUUCAAAUAGGUUGUAGUAAAAUAAUAGAAGCUCUGUUUUUCAGUACUAUCCUGAGUUAAAUUUCGGUUUAAUCAUAUUUAAAGCUUUAUUCUAAUUAUUUCUAAGUUUCAUUCAUACGGUUUGUGAGGUAUAAUGUUGAACAUGUGUAAUGUCUUUCGUUUUUGUUUUGUUUCUUUAUAGAGAUUCAAUAUUUUUUUAAACUGAAUAUUCAAUAUAAUUCGUACUCAUUCAUCGUUAAUAAUAGUUAAUGAUAGUUACAGAAGGUCAGCUGGAGAGCAUAUAUAUUUUCAUAUGUUUUACAAAACAAGAAAACAUUGCCGUACGCAGACAUUUUUCGCUUACGUGUAAACUUUUUCGAGAAAAACAACAACUCAAAAGCGCGGGAUCGAAUUGACCGAGUUUGUCAUUGGGGCUUUUUUUUUGCAUUCUGUCGAGUGAAAAUGAAGGAUUUGGUGCAUACUUAAUAUGAAUUUUGUAAAGAUUGUCAGUAAAAAAGUUUCCAUACAAGAAUUGAACUUAACUGUUCCAUUAUGGUAAAAUCAAGUGCAUGGGUUCUUCAUCAUGCUCAUUAUUUUGUCGUAUAUAUUUGAUUAGAAAAUCGUUUAUAUUUCAUGCCAUAUUUUUUGCAGGCUUGAACACAUUUUGUUUUAUGCAGACGUUAAUUAUUACACAUUUAUGACAUUGUAAUGUAUUUUUACAAAAUAAAAAGAUACAUCGUGGAACGUUGCUGAUUUGAUCAUAAUAUAUAUAGGACAACCUUUACAAUUUGAGGUUAGCCAAACUGAUUGAACACAUUAAAUUGAGUUGUUUACUGAUUAAACCGUAAAACAGUUAAUCGGUGCGGUACUAUGGAGACUUGGGGGUAACCUCAUUAUGAUUUUUCAUGUUGUGGUAAUAUAAUGGUGGAAAAUAAUGUAAAGAGGAUACAGAAGAAUAUCACAAAACUGAAAUCUGGGCCUUGUGAUUCCAUCUUAUCUCAUAUUCAAUUUAAAAAACAAACAUGACAUUUCAUUUCAUUGACGAAUGACAGAAUUAGUUUUUUCCUUCCCAUAACAAGUCUCGCCCCCAGCGCCUUGUGCUGUGUGCGGGGACAUCAAAUGCCUUUUUAUUUGUAUUUGUAUCCAAAUCCAGACGAUGAAUACGAAAUUAAACGAAACAUACCCAACGCCA